GACCAGGUGUUGGCGGGUAGCAGCAUGUUGUCAUGUUUAACAGACAUACAUUGUACACUGUAAUUCAACAUGGCGCAUGUGAAAAACCUCUAUAAAGGAACACGAGGGAGAGUAGACGGCACAGAUACGCAGUCAUCGGGGGGAGGAGACUCAAGUACCCGCUUUCACCGGAGCGGCCGCAGGGAGGAAGUCAUCGCGAGCUGAUCUCACAGACGAGCCGGCCGGCAUCACCAUUCGGGGAGCAACAUCGUCGCACCGCACCGCUGGAUCUGCACAUUUUAAUCGCCAUGUUGCUCUGGGCCACCUUAAGCCUGUUCGGCUUGGUCGUCGCCGCGAAGAAGAACAUCACGUCUGACAUCGACUGGGACGGACAGGGAUGGGUGGGGACAGACAGGUGGUCUCUUACGGCACCCUCCCCAACCAGAGGUCCCUUCGGCAGGGGUCUGGUUAGCAACACCUUCGGGAGCGACGCUCGGUUGGACGUGGACACGUUGCCGAGCCAAGGCAGUGAACAUGGCGGCAGGGUACGCAGACAGUCGCCGUACAGAUCAUUUGGGGACCGCGUGAACUACCUGACGAGCGCGGAGAAACUCGCCCUGUUGCAGAAACACAACGAACUGAGGGGAAGGGUGCAACCCUACGCCUCCAACAUGGAAGAGAUGGUUUGGGACGAGAAGCUGGCCAUCAGUUCUCAGCAGUGGGCAGACCAGUGUAUCUGGGAGCACGGACCGAGCUGGCUCCUGCCGCUGAUCGGACAGAACCUGGCGGUCCACACGCGGCUGGACAAACCGCUGGUCGAGCUGGUGCAGAUGUGGUACGACGAGCAUCACGACUUCACGUACCCGAGCUACUGCAGAGGACCCAUGUGCACCCAUUACACACAGAUGGUCUGGGCUACUACUACCAAAGUGGGGUGCGCUAUCCGGCUGUGUGAGACCAUGCAGGUCUGGGGCGAAGAAUGGCCCAAAACCCUUUACCUGGUCUGUGACUACUCAUCAAAAGGAAACUGGAUUGGGUACGCCCCCUACAAGCGAGGACGGCCCUGCAGCCAGUGCCCACCAAAGUACGGCGGGCGCUGUGCCAACAAUCUAUGCACAAUGCAAGGCACUCUGGAGGACUAUGGGAUCGUGAUGGACCCUGAGGAUGAAGAAGAGUUCAACACAAUCGAGACAUACAAUGGCGACAAGAGACUCGAUCCCAAUGACAGGCGGCAAGAAACUCAAAUAACGACAACUACUCCUGUGCCAACCACCACAACAACAACCACUACAACUCCAGAACCUACAACUACAACAACUACGACAACACCUGAACCAACGACCACAACAACAACUACGACAACUCCAGAGCCAACAACAGUCCCCGAACCAACUACGACUAUCGCUCCCCUGACAACAGCUAAACCUACAACAGCGCAGCCAACCGAGGCAGCUGUGAACGACAGAAGGGUGGGUCAGGUGUCUGAAGGCGGUUCAGAAGAGGAGGGAGAUGACUCAGUUUAUGGCCAGAGUCAGGGGUCUGAUCCUAGGAGUCGGAACCUGAACCGCGACAGGGACAGGAACAGGGACAGUAACAGGAACAGUAACAGGAACAGGGAUAACCAGGUGGCAGAGACGUCAUACCGAAGAAGCAAUUACGUCACUCCCCGCACAAAGCUCUCCACCGAGCCGGAGACGAUGGAGGUAUCCAGCGAUGAAUACUUAGUGCGGAAGGCAACUUGUAGGACUAAAAUGUCGGAAUGCAGGGACGAGCCGUGCAUCAGAUUCCGCUGCCCUGCCAACUGUGGUUACAUUGGUGACGAGGUGAUCGGGACACUGUGGUAUGACGCGAGAACCAGCAUCUGCCAGGCCGGCGUGCACUACGGAGCUGUCACCAACUCGGGAGGACUGGUGGACGUCAGUAGUAAGGACCAGAUCCCCUUCUUCACAGGCUCCUACCGGUCGGGAAUUACAUCCAUCGGGACUUUGACGCCGGCAAGAGCAUUCAUGAUCAGCAGAGUUGGAGUCAUGCAGGCGGACUGUCGGACAACGGUUGACCAGUACUGCCCAUACCGGGGAAGACCGAUUCACUGCCCCAGGUUCUACUGCCCGCCAUCCUGUGCCUCCUAUCAGUACGCACGUGUGUAUGGUACAGGCACGUACACUGAUAAUUCUAGUAUCUGUCGAGCUGCAAUACACGCUGGGGUGUUGCAAGACUACGAGGCUGGGUAUGUUGAUAUCUGGGCAAGGAAGGGUAGGACGUCCUACCACGGAAGCAAUCAGAAUGGUGUCAUAUCAGAAAGCUAUGGCUACGAAACAGGGAGUGCGUUCCAGGUUUUCAAAGUGGAAUGAGCAUCCAGUUUGUAUAUACUCAUGCAUGUGUAUUAUAUUCAUAUGUUUCGGCUGGUACCAUCAUAACUACAUCGGGUCCCAUUACAGUGUUUACUUAAACAAAGACUUUAAAAAGCACAACAUUGAAGGGAAAACAGGGAUACAUGCAUCAAUGACUUCCAAAUACAUUUUUGUAUUUGCAUUAAGGAUUCAGGUGCCUGAAAAAUUGCACCAGAGUAAAGAGAUCUGGGCAAUGGUCUUGAGGAUUUCUAAUCUGUGUAUGAAACACUCUACAAUCAUACCUCUAUCUCGAGAAUGUGACCAGAGGUAGGAUAAAGCCCCUUAUUAGCAAGUGUUGACUGGUAAAGAGUAAUGUGUAAGUGUAAGUAUAAUUAUAAGGAACAGAAAUCAUAUCCGUAAAAGAAUUGUAACUUGUUCAGAUACUCUAUAAUGCAAAUUUAAGGGUCUUGAAGGCUAUUUUCUAGAGAUUGAAUAGCUUGGAAUGGUUAUAUAGUGGUGCAUGUUUGCCCUUUCAGUUGUAACAUUUCCCAUGAGAUUCAAAUGUCAUUGGUCAAUGUGUGGAAUGGUGUUGACUUGAGCUUUUUUUCAACUGUAUAAAGCUGGUACAGUAGCAUGUAGAAAGUGCAACUAGCAGUGUUCAAACAAUAUAUCAUAAAACAAUGUAACAUGUUCAUUCUUUGAUAUAUUUACCACCAUUUGAGUUUACAUUGGUUAAAAACUGCAGCAGCAUUACUUAUAUGAGGAACAUAUUGUUUACAAAUUCAAUGACUCAAACAUAUGUAGUUACAUAUCCCAUAUUUAUAGAAGUAUACUUUUUUAACAUCUCAUGAUUUUCAAAUGAUAUUUGUAUUAAAUAUUUUCUCACCAAUAUCGUAACUGUGAAUUAUAUGUAAGUAAUUGAUCUAAAGAUAUUCCUUACUGUGACCCAUUACCUACUGUUAAGGAUGUAGUUGAAUCAAAUAUUCAUAUCUGUCUAUAAUCACCAGCCCUUUUAGUCUAAUGUUACCUCUAAUCAUCAUGUAAAACUUUUGCAAAGCAUUAUGUGAUAAAACAAUUUUGUUUGAAGUGGAAUACAAUAAAAUGCCUGUUCUA